AUGCUCACAAGCCAGCGCCGCUGCCAUUGGUCGCUGGUGAGGAACAGAUUGAUGACACAUCCGAAAAAUAGGAAGUGGCCACUACGGAAGCUGUUCUGGGCCAGAAAGACUGCCAGUUUGGAGUCGUUUGCUGCGGGGAGGGAAUGAAUGGGCGCUGGGAACACGCCCGCGAGGUGGGGACGCGCCGGCCGUAGCGAGCGCCUUAGCGUGUGAGUGGCCGGGGUCGGGUCGCUUCCCCGCAGCAUGGAGGACGAUGCACCAGUGAUCUACGGGCUGGAGUUCCAGGCACGUGCCUUAACACCUCAAACUGCAGAAACAGAUGCCAUUCGGUUUUUGGUUGGGACGCAGUCUCUUAAAUAUGAUAAUCAGAUCCACAUCAUAGAUUUUGACGAUGAAAACAACAUUAUAAAUAAAAAUGUCCUCCUCCAUCAAGCGGGUGAAAUCUGGCACAUUAGCGCUAGCCCUGCAGACAGAGGUGUGCUGGCGACCUGCUACAACAGAACUUCAGACAGCAAAGUCCUGACAUGUGCAGCCGUGUGGAGGAUGCCGAAGGAAUUGGAAUCAGGCAGCCACGAGUCCCCUGAUGAUUCAUCCAGCACUGCGCAGACCCUGGAGCUGCUCUGUCACCUUGACAACACAGCCCAUGGCAACAUGGCCUGUGUCGUGUGGGAGCCAAUGGGAGAUGGGAAGAAAAUCAUUUCAUUGGCCGAUAACCAUAUCCUGCUGUGGGAUUUACAGGAAAGCUCAAGCCAGGCUGUGCUGGCCAGCUCAGCAUCCCUGGAAGGGAAGGGACAACUGAAGUUCACCUCAGGACGGUGGAGCCCGCAUCAUAACUGCACCCAGGUGGCCACAGCGAAUGACACCACCCUGCGUGGCUGGGACACCCGGAGCAUGAGCCAGAUCUACUGCAUAGAGAAUGCCCACGGACAGCUGCUGCGGGACCUUGACUUUAAUCCCAAUAAGCAGUACUACUUGGCCAGCUGCGGAGACGACUGUAAGGUGAAGUUCUGGGACACCCGAAAUGUCACUGAGCCCGUGAAGACCCUGGAGGAACACUCCCACUGGGUGUGGAACGUCCGCUACAACCACUCUCAUGACCAGCUGGUCCUCACGGGCAGCAGUGACAGCAGAGUCAUCCUUUCCAACAUGGUGUCCAUCUCGUCGGAGCCCUUCGGCCACUUGGUAGACGACGAUGACAUCAGUGACCAGGAGGACCACCGCUCCGAAGAGAAGAGCAAGGAGCCCCUGCAGGACAACGUCAUCGCCACCUAUGAGGAGCACGAGGACAGCGUCUACGCCGUGGACUGGUCCUCGGCCGACCCGUGGCUGUUUGCCUCCCUGAGCUAUGACGGGAGGCUGGUGAUCAACAGGGUGCCCAGGGCCCUGAAGUACCACAUCCUGCUGUGACUCCCAGGCCUGGGUUAUCCAGGUCCCAUUGGCUGGUUUCCCUCUUGGCAGAUUCUCAAACGGUCACAGCUCUUUGGAGGUGACUCGUUUUCCAGGUGGAUCCCUCUCCGGGAGAGCCGCUGUUCCCUUCCUGUAGCAGCAGCAUUUAUGAAGGGGGUGAAUGGGGCUGUUGUCCACGGCACAGCUAAUGCCCGAACCCAGCCCUUGUCGGCAGAGACAGAGCCCCACAUUGUUAUGUGAAUAACGUUUUCUGUUUCAAGGGUGUUAGGAGUUUCACUUAUUAAAAAAAUGUCUGUUCCUGCAAUAGUAACUCUUCCUUCUCUUGAGAGUAAGAAAUGAAAUAAAAUAAAUCUACGCUGCA